UCCAGGGGCUCUGGGGACCUCAGUCGCCUGCCCCACCCCGGCGAUGGGCUCCGAGGCCACGCAGCUAGUGGAGGCUGCCGACUUCGCAGCUCGCAAGCACCGACUGCAGCGGCGGAAGGACCCCGAAGGGACACCCUACAUCAACCACCCUAUCGGUGUGGCUCGGAUCCUGACCCAUGAGGCGGGAGUCACUGACAUUGUGGUGUUACAGGCAGCGCUGCUCCAUGACACAGUGGAGGACACAGACACCACCCUGGAUGAGGUGGAGCUGCAUUUCGGGGCACAAGUGCGGCGCCUGGUGGAGGAGGUAACAGAUGACAAGACUCUGCCCAAGCUGGAGAGGAAGCGGCUGCAGGUGGAGCAGGCUCCCCACAGCAGUCCCGGGGCUAAACUGGUGAAGCUGGCAGACAAGCUGUACAAUCUGAGGGACCUGAAUCGCUGCACCCCAGAGGGAUGGUCUGAACAUCGAGUCCAGGAAUACUUCGAGUGGGCAGCGCAAGUGGUGAAGGGGCUUCAGGGAACAAACCGACAGCUGGAAGAGGCUCUAAAGCAGUUGUUUAAGGAGCGGGGGCUGACACUCUGAGCAGUGCUUGCAGCCACCAGGUGGCCCAGACUUCAGCCUCCUCCGGCCAGAAAGGCAUCAUAUUCCAACCUUUUAGUGCCUCUGGAUCUCACUCCCUGAUUUAUUCAGCCCAGAUAUCUCUCAAUGUUUCCUGCCAACUAAGCUGAGCCCUGGAUUGAGGAAAUCAGAUGCAGCUCAUCCAUUUCUAACGCAUUUACUGCCCCUUCUCCUUGGGUCUCUUUGCUAUUUUGCAUGGGCCAAAACCCUGCCCCCCUCCCCCCCCCCCCCACCCCGGGACUUGGGCUUAUAUAAACACGCAUAAGUCAUUAUGGAAAAUAAAACAUUUUGGGUAAAGUUUUAAGUUCUUGCUGCUCCUUCCCCAACCUCCUGAAUGGGGAACUGGGAUGCGGGAUUCAGCAUGGCAGGGUUCCAAUUGUGUGUCCCCGGGGAAAGGUUCCUCAGGUUGAGCGCCUCAACCCCUCUGAGCCUGGUUUCCUUAACAGUGAGACAGGCUGUGUAAUUAUUAGGGUUAGAUUAUGUGACGUCUCAGAUGGAGCCUGACACAUAGGCGCUCAAAAAAUGGUAGUCGUCGUCCUCCUUAAGAAAACGGGACGGGAUGACUGACGUUUUGGAAAGGAAUGCCACCUGCUUACUGGCUGCUCUUGCUGAGCCCUGGAGAGACCCCAGAAGCAAUAUGACAGGACCGGUGGGGGACUGCGGGUCCCAGACCGCAGCCCAUCCCAGGUCUCAGCGCUAGCCUUCUGCCAGUGCCUUGGGUUGCUAAGUGACAUGGACUUCCGGGCACCUCCGGAAGUGGUCGGGGCGGCCCAGCCCGGGAGCCCUGGGGUGGGCGGAGUUUAGGAUAGGGGGCGGGCCGCUCCGUGGCGCCGCGUGCAGAGGUCUUCCGGUGAAGGGUUUUUGGUCACUGCUGAGCAGCUGGGGCUUAUUGGCCCCUCGGAAAGGGUACGCCUGGGAGGAAACAACUCCUCCUCGCCCAGUCACGUUUGAUCCUGAGAUUGCAGUGAUGACUCAGGCCCAUCUUCAGGCUCCACUUCUGAUCCUAGUUCUUUUGCUGUUGUUUCCACCGCGUCUGCAGUGACUUCCUCCAUGGAAGUCUUGACCCUCUCGAAGUCAUCCAAGAGUUUGGUAUCAGUAUUUCCCAGUUGGAAUCCUGUUAAUGUUGAUAUUUUGCUUUCUUCCCGUGAACCUUGCAUGUUCUUAAUGGCAUCUAGAGUGGUGUGAAUCUUUUCCAGAAGGAUUAUUGCCUGUGCUUUUGGUGUCCUAAGAAAUCACUGCCAGAUUCCUCAUUAAGAUUUCCUCCUAUUUUCUUCUAAGAGUUUUAUAGUUUUAGCUGUUACAUUUGGGCCUUUGAUCCAUUUUAAUUUUUGUAUAUGGUGUAAGAUAAGCUUCCAACUUCAUUCUUUGGUAUGUGGCUAUCCAAUUUUUCCAACACCAUUUGUUGAAAAGACUGUCCUUACAGUACUUGGAGUAUUUUAUCUUAAGUAUAUAUCACUCUGUAAACCUUUUUUUUUUUUUUUAAGCAAUCUCUGUACCCAGCGCUGGGCUCGAACUCACAAUCCCGAGACCCAGAGUCGCAUGCUCUGCCAACUAAGCCAGCCAGGCACCCCUGUAACUUUCUUUUCCUUUAGCAGUGCUCAUGAGAUGUAUCAUGUUGAUGCUCAUGAGUGUUUAGCUCAUUCCUUUGAACUACUUUAUAGUAUUUCGCCAUAUGAAUGGACAGUAUUCUAUUUAUGCAUUCCCCUUUCUGAUAGACAAUUAAGUUUUGUUUUCAGCUUUUUACUACACCAUGUAAUGCUCCAGUGAACAUCCUCAUCCUCAAAAAUUCCUUUGUGCGUGUGAGUCUUGAGGUGUGCUUAUAUUUCUUCUGAACAAGGACCCCUGGAAUAACACUUAACAUUAUUGCUACCUAGAAUUCUCAUUCUGGUUCUUUUUAAGCUAUAUUAUAAUUUAUAGCCAGUGCUUAUUAGGUAUACCCCACCUUGGUUGAUGCACCCUAGAUUUUUUUCUCCCCAAGUACACCUUUUUUCUUCCACUGAAGUUUUGCACACUGCAAACUCUCAGCCUUUGGAUGUUUGAAAUGUCAUUUCCCCCUCACUCUGAAUGACCGUGUAGCUAAUACCAAAUCCAGAGUUAGUGGUUAUGUUCUCUAAGUGUGAAUGUACUAUUUCCUGGUCUUCAGGUACCCUGUUCACUGUUGCUAACUGUCUGCUGUCAUCUGAUAGUCUUUCCUUAUGGAGUUUCUUUCCUAAAAAUCUGGUUGAUUUUUAGGGAUUUAUUUGCAAUAUACGUAGGUGAGGAUUUUUUUUUUUUUAAUGUACCUUUCUUGGAACUUGGGGGAGUACUUUCACCACAAGGAUGCACACCUGUCUUUCUUCGUUUCUGAAGAGUGCCUCCACUUUCCUUUUGAAGGCUUCCUCUUCCCUAUUCACUAGUCUCUCCUAAAAGAGCUACUAAACAUUAUGGUAAAUGCUUCUAAACCUAUCUGCCAUAUUUCUUUUUUUUUUUUAAUUUGUUUUUGAGAGAGAGAGAGAAUGGGGGAGGCACAGAGAGAGGGAGACAGAGGAUCUGAAGCAGGCUCCAGGCUCUGAGCUGGCAGCACAGAGCCUGAUGCGGGGCUCAAACUCACGAACCGUGAGAUCAUGACCUGAGCUGAAGUCAGACGCUUACCAACUGAGCCACCCAGGCGCCCCUAUCUGCCAUCUUUCUUAACCUCUCUUUUAGGUUUUCCUUUUAUCUCUGUGGUGUGGUCAAGUAGAUUCCUUAGUUCUGUCUUCCAAAUCCACAAAAGUCUCCAUACCAUUUGCACAGAAUCCAGUGUUUAUCCCAUACGUAGACUGUAUUUCCAUAAAGCAUUGUUUGGGGUCGCUUCUAUCUUGUCAUGUUUCGCUGGCAGCCUCUGCUUUGCUUUCCUCUGCUCUUUGCUCAGCCUGGUUCUGGCCUUCCUGGGUUAGUCUUGGUGCCCUGUCUGUGCCAGUGCUGCUGCCCUUUGCUGGGCUUUGUCUCGAGCUGCGAGCUUCCCGUCUGCUCAGGCCUGUAGCUGUUCUCUCCAUUCUUGGUCAAAGGAGAGUUCCUCUCAUUUUACUCUAUGCUUUGGCAUUGUAAAUAUCUCACUUGCCAUUCGUAGGCAUUAGGAGUUGAGGAGGCAGAUGUAGGUGCACUCACUCCUCCGGUUUGAGUGCAAGUCCCCAGGCAGGCUGACAGGGACUGUCACUGUCACUGUCUCCUCCUCCACUGAGAGAGCUUCUCGAGGCUUCCAUACUCGGUGCUGUGUUUUCAAUCUUCAACUCUGUCACAUUUCAAACGCUGGGAAGCCUUCAUCUCCAACCCCUAGGGUUUCCUGUGCCCAGAGUGGACUUUCAGAUCAGGUUUACUCUCGGUUAGGAAGGUGCAAGGUCAGGCCCCAUAAUGGACAGAGACUCUUCGCAGACGCACUUGGGCCGGGUAACUGUUAAGAUCUGAAUUAUUUCCCGCGGACUUUAUGUAAAAUUGGUUUGAAGGAUCUGGUCUCCUCCUCCAUUGCCUGUUCUCGCCCUUGAGGUAUUUGUUAUUUGUACGUAUUUUUGCCAGUGAAAAACAAACAUGUUUUUCAGGGUGCCUCUAUUUUGGAUGGUAAGCUUCCGUCCUGCUACCCAGACUGGGAUUUCCCCCCUCUGCGAGCACAUGAGUGCAGUUAGCUGACCUCGGUGACUGUGCGUGGGGUAGGCAGGUGAACUCGGAGGUUAGAGAGGUCGCUCUUUCUACAGGUUUCUCUCUCUGUGCCCACCUCCUAGGCAAGCUGAAUCAGAGCACCACCUGCGCCUGCCUCAACCUGCAUGGGAGGACUGGGUUCUUAGUUUCAGUCUCCCUUCCAUGGUUCCAACUGGGCAUACAGUCCUCUCUUCGUGGAAAUGGGCUAGAACUUUGUAUUUUAAGUUCUAAGUGCAUGGAGGGUUCCCGGGAGGAACAGAAUGCUAUUUCCGGUGGUUGAGUUGCUUCUGUGUCACAUCCGGAUUCUAAUGAUGAUUACAACCCUCAGAACUGAGGCCUCAGUGCCAGCACGUGGUGGUAAAGGGUGGCUGCGUGCCUUAAAAUCACAGGCCCAUUUCUAAAUUAUGUGUGCAAAAGAAUCACCUGGAAGCUUGUUAAAAAGGUAGAUCCUUUGACUGCCAUCCCAGAAAUUACUUCAGUAGAUUGUGCCCAGGAAUCGGCUUUUUCCUUCUACGUUCUUCGAUGUUCUACAGGAACGUUUGUUUCUUGUUCCUGUUACAGAUCUGUCUUAGCGAGUCUUAGUCUCUGCUCCACAGGCCCUCAGUCCUACGUCCAGGCUGAAGGAGCAGCCCUAGUGAGGAGAGGCCAAAAAGCCGGACUUGAAACAAGUAUUUCUGGUGAUCCCGGACCAUACCUUGAACGCUAGGUCGUUUUAAAAGGCCAGUGUGUAGCAUUAAACAUUGUUCCUGGCAGAUAAAUGAUUUCAUGGUACAUCUAAGAUAUCCAAAGAUAAACAGCCUUUAUUUUGCUCAUUUCUAGGAGGCACACAGUCUCCCUUAUCAUGUGAUUAUAAGCCAUCUUAUACGAGUAAUUGACACCUGCUAUAACUGUUUAGCAUCCUUUACUAGUAAGAUCAUAGCUCCCAUUUAUUGAGCUCCUCUAUGCAUCAGACACUCUGCCGAGCACCUCACAUCAAUAAUCUUAUUUCUUCCAUAGUGAUACAGAAAGGAUUCUGUGUGCCCUGGCCUGAAGCUGCCAACAGCCCUGGAUGAUCUGGAAGGACUCUUGAUAUUCACGUAGGGGCCCAGCAGGCCCAGGGGACCUUCUCUGAGGACCCCAAAGCAAGCUUUCACCCAAAAUGAUUAACUCACCGGUUUUUGAGGUGUUGCAAACAUCUUCUCCCAGGUUGUCAUUUGUAUUUUAACCUUGAUGUUUUCCGUCAUACAUAAAACUUUCAAUAUUUUUUGGUAAUAAAAUCUGUUUAAUCUUUUCCCUUA